UUUUCACAAAAUCACAGAAAGGGGUGGUGGUUGCCCUUCCGCAGGACGCAAUGUUUCGGGAAAUAUUCUGAUAGAAAUAUGCUGUAACGUGUAUUUCUAAGAUGUUAAACAAGCCACGACGUUGGCUCUAAAGUCGUAAUUAGACCUGGAACCUUUUUUUACUGAAUGUGAUCAGGGUUUUUAACUUUUAGAGGUGGGUUCAAAAGAAACCGUAGGGGAAGUAACUGAAUUGUGUCACACAGUGAAUAUUUUCUCUAGGAGGUGAUCUACCCCAGUGGUUUCACCCAGGCCCAGAAGUGAGAAGAUGAGCAACUCAAUCGAACUCAGCUUGAAAAAAGAGAAUACAAGCAGUAACUCACAGAAGACUGGGGUGAUGGCAAUCGUGCACAAAGUGAAUCCAUUCAAAUCCUCAACACAGGCCUCUACUGUCAGUACAGCUCCAGUGUUCGUGAAAACAGGGGAGGGAAAUUUAUCUGACUCAAAACAGUUAAGGAAAGAAGACUCUCACGCAGACACAGUGGAUCAGGAAACUCUACCAGAAGGCCAACCGAACCCUGGAUUGUUCACUGGAAUGAUGCAGAGAGUCAACCCAUUCAAGACUACUGCAAAGCCACAGUUGAAAAAGGAGAACCCUACAGGAGACACUGUGGAUCACCUUGUGACUGAGAAGCUGCCUGAAGACAAGCGGAACCCUGGAAUGUUCUCAGGAAUGAUGCAGAGAGUCAACCCAUUCAAAUCUACAGCACAGAAUCCGGUGUUAAAUGAGGGCCAACCAACCGACACUGUGGAACAGCACGUUCCAGAUAAGGAGACUAAGCCGUUGCCCAGAUAUUCUUCCUCCAGUUCAGACAGUCUGGAUGACAUCAACUUCAGCCCGUCAGAAAAUCCGACUGUGUGGUACACAGACAAUGAUGCCAUGUCUUCAGCAACAAGUGAACACCCACUACCCGAGCAAACUGGGAACGUUGAUGCUCAAGCUGCAGCGCAGGGGGGCGUCAUGGAUAUCCAGACACUGGAAUUGACUGCAGUGCCAGUAACCAGUGAAGGAAGCACAGUAGACAGUGAGGAAGAUGUGGACAGCCUUCUGGACUGGUGGAAAACAGUUGAGGGUUGGGAAACUUGGAACGAGUCCAACACUUUUGAAGAGGAUGAAGGCGAGAUAGCGGUGGUGGCGGUAGCGGACCGAGUCUUCCUGGCAGCCCGCCUCUUCGUGCGCCUCUUCAACCAGCGAGGCUGCUCUCUACAGCGACAGAUCCUGGAGCUUCUCUCGUUGUCCGACGCCGCCGACAGCUUCCACAAGAAGACGGUGACGGCCCGGGUGGGGGGCGGCGUCGCCAGCAUAGCCGGGAGCAUCACCACCAUCACUGGACUCAUCCUGGCGCCCUUCACCAUGGGGACGUCGCUCAUCGUCACGGCGGUGGGCAUCGGCGUGGCGACCGCCGGCGGUGUGACGUCUGCCUCUGCGAAUAUUACGGAUACAGUCCACUCCAAGACGGACAGGAAGAAGGUGGAGAAGAUGAUUCAAGAUUACCAGGAGGAGAUUAAGGAUAUCAAGGAGUGUCUGGAAUUCUUGCAGGUCGGUAUGCAGACUCUGGAAGAGUGGGACUUUGACCAGUAUGUGGAGAGCAUAUCUAAGAAACAUCUUAACCAAAAUGUCAAACAUGUGGUGAAGGAGGGCGGGCGGGCCGGCAAGGCAUUACUAAUCAACACAGAGAAUCUGAUCAGCACUGUGCAGGUCCUCAACGUGGCUGGAGGAGCAGCCAAAGCAGCCCAGGUCAUAAGCAUCACUACAGGUGUGAUGUCGGGUCUCUUCCUGGCCCUUGAUGUCUUCUUCCUGGCGAAGGACUCCAUCGAGCUAAACAAGGGGGCCAAGACAGAGUUUGCUGGAAAGAUCAGGGAGGUGUGUAAGGAGCUUCAAAAUGGACUGUUGGAGCUCAACCGCAUCAAAGAGCAGCUGCAAAAGACCAUGGAUGGAGUUGAGGUAGAGGAAGAGGAGGAGGAAGAUGAAGAGGGGGACAAAGAUUAAUCUGGUUCAAAAAAACUGUGGCGGAAGAGGACUGAAGAAAAUUAUUUGUAUAUAUUUAAUGUUUCCUGUAGUAUUGUUGAUAGUAUCAUAAUUUUUUUGUUGAUGAAUGUACCAAAGAUAACUAGUUGAACUCCAAAAGUAUUUAAACAGUGACACCUAUUAUUUAUUUUUUCAAUUCAUUAAAUGACUAUGUAGUAAGUUCAA